UUCCAACGUGCUCGUGAACACUUUUUCCGAACAUUUUCAGUCAGCAUCCCAGUAGACGAUGGCUUUGGACUUUGCUGCCGGUUGCUUAGGCGGUUGCGCCGGUGUUCUGGUCGGGUUCCCGUUCGACACGGUUAAGGUGCACCUGCAAACGCAAAACCACAAAAAUCCACUGUACCGCGGUACCUACGACUGCUUCCGGAAGAUCGUCGUCCGCGAGGGUAUCCAUGGGCUGUACCGGGGCAUGUCUAGCCCGAUGGCGGGCGUCGCCGUGGUGAACGCGAUCGUGUUCGGUGUGUACGGUAACAUCCAGCGGCGUACGUCCGAUCCGAACUCGUUGAUGUCACACUUCGCCGCCGGAACGGCCGCUGGAUUGGCGCAAAGUUUCGUCUGCUCACCGAUGGAACUGGUCAAAACGAGACUGCAGCUGCAGGAUAACCUUCCGAAGGCGGCACAGCGGUUCAGUGGACCGCUGGACUGUACCCGGCAUAUCUGGCGCCGGGAAGGCUUUCGAGGGAUCUUCCGAGGGUUGGGCAUAACAGCAGCUCGGGAUAUGCCAGGGUUCUCCAGCUACUUCGUGGCCUACGAGUACAUGGUGCGGGCGGUGGCAAACCCUUCGCCGUUUGUCAUCCUCAUGGCCGGUGGACUGGCAGGAACCUUCUCCUGGUUGGUGACGUUCCCUAUGGAUGUCGUGAAGUCUCGCCUCCAGGCGGAUGGAAUUUCCGGCAAGCCGCAGUACAGCGGGUUGGUUGACUGUGUCAAGAAAAGUUACGCCGCCGAGGGCCUAUCAUUCUUGUCGCGUGGUCUCGCCUCCACCCUCCUACGUGCCUUCCCUAUGAACGCCGUUUGUUUCCUUGUUGUCUCCUACACGAUGAAGUUCUUCGACGAUCCGAGCGUAGUCGAACUCGGGGCCACGACAUCCAUCGAGCCACAUCAGCUGCUAAUCGCUUCCGUACAGCAGCAGCAGUCGCAUCAGCAACAACCUCUCGUUUCGUCCGGACACUCCGUGACGAUGCCCUCCGGUCACAAGCGAACAUCCGACCAUCACCUAGACCUGCAGCACAUCAAACAGAACACCUACCGGUUUCUGCGCUCCCUCGGUGCGUUCAGUGAAGCGGUCUGCUGCGCCGAAAUGGGUGAACUAACGGACGACCUGUACGAUCAUGUGCCGGAAGAACGGACUCGGUACUACGCCAAGCUGAACGAAUAUCUGCUCACCAACGACGAGGAAGACACCAGCAAUCGGUACCCGUUCUUAGGCGACUAAACAGGGGGGCCGUUUUGUUUCCCCGGGCCGCCUUUGGCCACCAAAGAAGACUCGUGUACAAAGCAACCCACUAGGCUAGCAUACUGCGCAUCGUACGAAGCAAGAAAUGUGUAAAAAUAUAUGAUUAUUUAA